CAGAAUAUUGAGCCUAAAAAAUAGUUUGAGGUAAAAUUACAAAAUAAAAUAAGUUUGAGAUAUUUGUGCAAAGAACUUAAUAUAUUUAUUCAUUUGCCCCAUAAAUACCAAAGACACUGCAUCUUAUCUCCACUCUCAAAAUCAUCUUCUUCACCCAAAAACCCCUAAAAGCCUUAUCCCUUCUUCUUCCCAUGGCUGCUUCAGCUUCGUCUCUCGCUCUCUCUUCCUUCAACCCUAAAUCUCUUCCUUUCGGCGUCUCCAGACCUGCCUCCGUUUCCCUCUUAUCUCCUUCCCUCUCCUUUAAACUCAAUUCCGACUCCGUUUCCUUCUCCAUCGCCGCCAAAUGGAACUCUCCCGCUUCUCGCUUCGCCCGUAACGUUGCGAUUACCUCAGAGUUCGAGGUGGAAGAAGAUGGUUUCGCUGACGUCGCUCCGCCAAAAGAGCAAUCUUUCUCUGCUGACCUUAAACUCUUCGUUGGUAACCUUCCUUUCAACGUUGACAGUGCUCAGCUCGCUCAGCUCUUUGAGAGUGCCGGAAAUGUUGAGAUGGUUGAGGUAAUCUAUGACAAAAUUACAGGAAGAAGCAGAGGUUUUGGAUUCGUGACUAUGUCUUCAGUUUCUGAAGUUGAGGCAGCUGCUCAGCAGUUCAAUGGCUAUGAGUUGGAUGGUAGACCUUUGAGAGUCAAUGCUGGUCCCCCACCACCAAAGAGGGAAGAUGGUUUCUCCAGAGGACCUAGGAGCAGCUUUGGAAGCUCAGGUUCUGGAUAUGGAGGAGGUGGUGGUUCUGGUGCUGGUUCAGGAAACCGUGUUUAUGUGGGUAACCUCUCUUGGGGAGUUGAUGACAUGGCUCUUGAGAGUUUGUUCUCGGAGCAAGGAAAGGUUGUUGAGGCCAGAGUCAUCUACGACAGGGACAGUGGUCGAUCCAAGGGUUUUGGAUUUGUGACAUACGACUCUUCUCAAGAGGUCCAAAAUGCCAUCAAGUCCUUGGAUGGUGCUGAUUUGGACGGUAGACAAAUUAGAGUCUCGGAAGCUGAGGCUAGGCCUCCAAGGCGCCAAUAUUGAGCACCAAUCUAUGACUUCCUAUUCUCAAAAACGCAUAUUCUGGAGGGCGCUUCGAAGUAAAGAGGGUUUGUGAGAUGAUGGCAGUUUCAGACGGUACUAAGCUCUUAGCUUCGCCUAUGUUUGUUGCCUUGGAUGCAAGAAGGUCGUAAAGGAAUGGUCUUUUUUUUUUUGAGAAACGUAUAAUUAAGAUAGAAACUGGAGAGACCAUGUUCUUGUCUGUCUGAAUGCUGCCAUUGACUGCUUCGCUUUGGUUUUGAUUCAAUUUUUUUUUCUCUCUAUAUCGUGGUCUCUUCUUCCUAAUGCUUCUCUGUUUAUUUGAUCCUCUGCUCAAAUGAAUAUGAACACACUUGAAAACCGGUUAAAACUCAAAUCAUGCAAUGUUUAAAACCGAACCAAUACUAUUUGUGGAAUGAACACUAUCUUGCCA